AUGGCAGAUCUCUGUGGUGUCAGGGUCCUGCUGCUCUGGGCCGGGAUCAUCGGUUCGGCCAACUGCCCACAAGCCCCUCCACCUCCACAGUGUUCUUACACUGUCACACCGGUUAAGUUUGGAUUCGAUGAUUUCUUAAAUGCAAGUGAAAUACGUCAGAUUCCUCCAAAAGGAAUUCCUGCAAAAAUAAAUGCAACAUUUCCUCGAAACUGCAACAAUCUGACCGCUGAUUACACCUGUCAGGAAAAAGGCACAAUCAAUGACACCAAGCUAGAGUCUGAGCUGGAGCCCUUCACAGAGUACUCCUGUACUGGUCAGAUCAAGAACAACAAUGUCUCCAUCAAUAAGAACACCAAGGAUAUCCAAUUCACGAUAGACUGUGAUAUUACAAUAAAUAGAAUAAAGCAGCAUGCCACCAGUAACUCCAUUAAUCUGAGUUGGACCACGACCAGUCGGAAAUGUCCAGACCUUCCAAGUCACCCGAAACUUUCUUAUGACUGCAGUUGUGUCCCCACCUCCAAAUCCAAACCCAUCACGUACAACACUCCAUCAGGAGGAACAUGUGACGUUACGGGACUGGAACCAUUUAAAGACCACACCUGUAAAGUCCAACCCAAAUACAACGUCAGGAUCGUGUCCGAACCAAAGGAAGUUAAACAGAAGACUGACAUUGGAGUACCAGACGAUAUUCCUUCUGUGUCUGUGAUGAUUCCAGAGCACAAUGUCGUUAAAGUUACCUGCACUUAUCCAAAACGUUUUAAUGGACCUGAGAAGUCAUAUGUUGCAAAACUUUUUUAUGGUAGUGUCUUGCAAAAGACACUGAAAAACUCAAAAUGCGAAUUUGAAUUCAAAGACCUAAGUUACUCAACAGAAUAUGUCGUGGAGGUGACUGCUUAUAAUGGACAUCAUUUCAGCAAAAAUCCAAAGAAAGAAACCACUUCCACUUCCUACAAUUCUUUUAUUAUUCGUCUGGUCAUCUUCCUGGUCUUCACCAUCAUCACAUGUGUUGCUGUGGGUGUAGCAGUCUACAAGAUCUUCAUUUGGAGGCGCAGAGAGUCCAGAAAUGGUGGCAAUGAAGAUAUAAUGCUUGAGACAACAGCCAUUUAUGCGAAUAUACCUGGACCUGAAAGACAGCAUUAAACACAUGCUGAUGAAAAAAGGCCUGAUGGAGCUGCCAACCAAAUCAUCAUUUACUCCUCUGACUUUGCUCUGAAUAUAGUAAGCUUCUUAAUGUGCUCACAUUGGCAUUGGUCUAACAGUAAUCAAACUGUCUUUGCCUGUUGAUUGUGCAGCAGGGUUAUAAUAGUUUUGGAUUUUUCAUUAGUAUUAGUUUUAAUUUCGUUGUGGAUUUUUGUUUUCAAAUUCAGUUAGUUUUAAUUAGUUUUUAGAGUGAGUUGCUAGUUUUAGUUUAGUUUUUAUUAGCUUUAGUUUUUUGUAAUAGGGUAUUUGUUGGGUGUGAGAUUCAAAGAGGUCACAAUAAACUUUGCCUUUAUUUUUUUUGCCUCAUCCAUCUUAGCCCCAAUAUGGUUAUUAAUUCUUACAGUUCUUGUUUUUUUUACAUUUUGGUUCGAGUGAAGUGCUGAACUUUUUGAAUAACGAUAGACUGCUGCAGAAAUGUCUAACGCUGCACAAUCAACUCACAUAGUCUUGUAGUCCCAGUCUCAAUAAACAUAUUUACCAAUGCUUCCUCCCGCUUGCGGUGUUCCUGCGUAUUCACCAUGGACUAUAGAAAAUAUGGACGUAGCUUCGGUGACGUCACCACUAAUCACUAACCAGCAGCUAUUUGUUCGCAGCUAAAUAAAUACAUUUCAUAUCAACCAAAAAGGAUUAUGCAUUGUUAUCUCUAAAUGUAUUUAGGAUUUUGAGCGCCGCUGCAAGAAAAAAUUUGAUUUGUAAUAUCAUGGGCGAAUUGAAGACUUUCACUUGCACACAGUGAAAGCACAACAUCCAAAGUUUUAUUAGGGAUUAAUGAAAUGAGUAAUUUUCUGCAUUAUGACCAGUA